AUGUGGAUUAAGAGGAAACAUAAUACGGCUCUCCUUGCUAUAACCCUUUUCACGACCCUUAUUGUGUUACAACUAGCAAGUUACAAUGAUGAAAGAAUAAUAGGUGAUUUCAAGUCAGCUUAUCAUCGAGGUACAAACAGUUUUUCCAACCUCUUGAAGAAGAGGAUCACCAAAAAUCAGUUGAUCUUCCCCGUUGAGUUUCCUAUUAAGAACGAAGAACUACGUUCCUUUGUUAGUCAGAGUAAGACCUUCAACUUGAAGGAAUUCAAUAAUCCCAAGAUAUUCAAAUAUGACAAAGUAUCGUCUCCUUUGACUUCAAACAUCAUUCACUCGAGUUACCAUGAUCACCAAAUUGACUUGUAUAAUGAUUUGACAUCCAUCGAUUUGAAUUUGGAGGAAUGUGACAGUCUAAAAAAUACAAUAAGUGUCGAAAUCAACACUCCUAGCAGUGUGGACGUUUCAUUGCAUGAAAUCUUGUCCAAAUUUUUGGAAGAAUAUGAAACCAAUCCUUACUACAAGGAAAUGACUCCAUUUUUUUUAACUGAAUUGAAAUUACAGUUAGAAUACAAUGUAAUCGAUCACUAUUGGUAUAGGUUGGCUGGAUCGUCUGUUUGGUUGGAACAAUACCAAGCUCAUUUCAUGAUCUCUAGAAUCCUUUAUACUCCAAAGGGACAAAGAAAUCAACCUCUGGUGAGUUUAACUUAUGGACAGCUAUUUGACAAAAAUUGGAAAGAGUUGGUGAAUACCAAGAUUAUAGUUCCUACAAAUAACCUCAAUACUAAACCAAAGAAGGAAUCACAAGAUGGACAUUACAAGAUUAUAAAGUUUCCUUAUUUCUUGCCUAUACCCUUUUGGCAUGACUAUGAUGAUACCGAAGGUAAGUUUUAUGGUCCCGAAGAUCCGAGAUUAAUGUUGGUCAGAAACAAAGCAGGAUACGAUGAACCGCUCAUCAUCUUUAACGCCCAUCAUCGAAAGUUAACUCAUUUUGAUGAUGAUACUGACGAUCGGAUAUUGUUGAAAGCCGAAUUCUAUAGAUCGAUGUUCAUUUGCUGGCCAUGGCAGUUCCAAAAGGGUAAGAGAAACACCGAUGGAUUCUCUGAUAGAGUUUAUGAUAAGAACUAUUACAACAAGGUUGUCGAAUUAAAAAUGAAAAACCAACCCAGACGUGGAAAGCAAAAAAACUGGACUCCUUUCAUAAGUGUGAUGGAGAGAGAAAAAGAUGGCUACGAUAAAUACGUGAGUUUUGUGUAUCGAUGGGCCAAUUUUGAAGUUUUAAACUGUGACUUGAUAUAUGGAUCUGGUAUUUGUGCAUUUACAUAUCGUCUUAGUCCCUUUUUGUCCACUAGAGAAGUAGUGGGGCCUUUAAGAGGUGGAACCGGCUUGGUCAAUAUUAAUGGUUUAUUGGGAGAUAGAGCUAAGAAAUAUAUCCCCACAGAUCGAGAGGUUUGGGUUGGUUUGGCAAGAGCUCAUUUGGAUAGUUGCGGGUGUGGGAAGAACAUGUACAGACCCAAUCUAGUGGUGGUGACUAAAGAUACAAUUCAUGAAAAUGAAAAUAUGUACAAAAUAAGUCAAGUAAGCUCCUCAAUUUCGUUGGAUAUCCCCAUCAUUGGUUGGGAUUUGCUUAAUCCCCAAGAUGUGUGUACUGGUCCUAAUAUUUUGAUACCGAAUGGGAUCUCCAACUGGGACAUAAUUGACAUCGAGCACGGUGAUGAUGAUUUUGAAGAUUAUAUGACAUUGUCAUUAUCGAUUUCCGACUAUACCGUGCAUAGAAUCAACGUCAAAGGAUUAUUGAAGAAGCUUAUACGAGUGAACGAUGGCCAUAUCUUUAACGAGAUGGUUGACACUGAAAAUUUAGAAGGUUUCAACAAUGACAAUGUUCUUUGCGCUUUGAAAGGUUCUGCCGAAUUCUGUUACCAGUAUGGA